CCCAUCUCUACGCCUGUGGAACAAGUGCCUACCAUCCGGUCUGUGCCCUCAUCAACCGUGGAUGGCGCUCCGAAGAGUACCUCUUCCGAAUGGUGCCUCGAUCGGUGGAACCAGGAAAGGGGAAAUGCCCUUACGACCCACGGCAGAGCAGCAUGGCCGUCCUUGUUAAUACCACUCUGUACGCCGGUGUGCAUGUGGAUUUCAUGGGCACUGAUGCGGCUCUGUUCCGUACCAUGGGGCCCCGACCAGCUGUGCGCACGGAGCAGCACGAUUCCCGUUGGCUCUACGAUCCUGUCUUCCUCCACGCCCAGGUCAUUCCCGAUAGCUCCGACCACAACGAUGACAAGCUGUAUUUCUUGUUCCGCGAGAAAGCUCUGGAGGGGGCCGUGGGGCCCGCCGUGCUCGCUCGGGUGGGACGGGUUUGCCUGAAUGACGAUGGGGGGCAGCGUUCCUUGGUGAACAAGUGGACCACGUUCCUGAAAGCCCGGCUGGUCUGCUCUGUGGUUGGAGAAGACGGCGUGGAGACCUUCUUUGACGAGCUCCGCGAUGUUUUCCUGCUGCCGACUCAGGAUGAGAAGCACCCACUGCUCUACGGGGUGUUCUCCACCUUGGGGUCAGUGUUCCGGGGUUCUGCCGUCUGCGUUUAUUCCAUGGCGGACAUACGGACCGUCUUCAACGGGCCCUUUGCCCACAAGGAGGGGCACAACUACCAGUGGGGGCCGUACACGGGACGCGUGCCCUACCCUCGUCCCGGAGCGUGCCCAGGAGGCACCUUCACCCCAGGGCUUCGCUCCACGCGUGAGUUCUCCGACGAGCUGGUGACCUUUGUGCGGAACCACCCUCUGAUGUACAAUUCUGUCUACCCGCUGCAGCGCCGCCCCUUGUUGGUGAGGACCAACGUCCCCUAUAGCUUCACUACGCUGGCCGUCGACCUGGUGGACGCGGUGGAUGGGCGUUACGAGGUGCUCUUUCUUGGCACGGACCAGGGCACGGUGCAGAAGGUGAUUGUGCUGCCCCAGGAGCACGGGGUCCUGGAAGAGCUGACCUUGGAAGAGGUGGAGGUGUUCAGGACUCCUGCUCCGGUGAAAACACUGUGGAUAUCUUCUAAACGGCAACAGCUGUACGUUUCCUCUGACGUGGGCGUCUCGCAGCUGAGCCUGCACCGGUGCCGUGAAUAUGGGGAAGCGUGUGCUGACUGCUGCCUAGCCCGAGACCCGUAUUGUGCUUGGGAUGGGCAACGAUGCACUCGGUACAGCCACACGGCUAAAAGGAGGAGUCGGCGCCAGGAUAUCAAGCACGGAGACCCCCUGAGGCAGUGCCGGGGCUUCAAUGCCAAGGUAGAACAGCAGUUGCCUGAACAGGUUCAAUACGGCCUGGAAGGCGGGAGCGUGUUUCUGGAGUGCGAGCCGAGAUCUCCUCAUGCAUCCGUCAAAUGGCUUGUCCAGACAGAUGGUUCUGAUAAGCGCAAGGUGUUGCCCCGAGACCGCGUGCUCCUGCGUACGCCUCAGGGGGUGCUUUUGGGCCCGGUGACUCCCUCCGACGGAGGGCUCUACCAGUGCGUCGGCACCGAGAACCGUUUCCGCCACACCCUGCGCCGCCUGCGCUUGCACGUCUUGCCCCGCGCCUUGCUCGAAGGGGCCCUCGCCCAACAGGCCCCGUCCACCCUCGGCAUUUGCGAGAGCUACUGGCACCAGCUCAACAGCGACCAGGACGCCCGCCGUGGGCGGAGCGGCCGCCAGUCCCCUUGGGACUCCGGACAGCAGGCCGACUGGAACGGAGCCAACCACCGUGCGCUGAACUGGACCAUGAGUAGCUCCCAGCGCUCCCAAAGCAGCAAGGGCCACCGCCGCCACCACCACCACCACCACCGCACUAAGCCAUGGACAGGCCACCAUUCCCCUCCUCGGAGCUGAAAGCCUUCAUCACACCCUCUUUGGUGUUCGAGAAUGACAUUCCAGUGGACUCCUUGUGAGAGAUGGGGAAACCCCUCCUUCUCCCCCCCCCCCAGGCGGGGAGGAGCAACGCUAUUGCUUAGCAGGGUUGUGUGUUGUGUUGCGUGUCCAGGCUAAUUCCAGGGUUUCGCAGGACCAGGGCUCACUGGCUCUUUUCCACGGAUGUAUAUAGUGACCAGCGCUGAAUUCCAGGGGCUUUGGCUUAAAGUCUAUUUUUUACAGUGCUAAUUCUCCCCCAUCCCUCUCCUAACACGGCUGACUUGGUGUUUUUUUACCCCAGGUUGGGGAACCGCGGGGUUUCUUCUUCAACGUUAACCCCCACGAUUUUUUAUUAUUAACCCUGUGUUGCAGGAACGGAUUGCAGAGAAUAAAAGUGCCGGGUUUAUUUUCUAAACAAA